AUGCCCAAUAAGAUUCGAGACGACCUCCUCGUCGUUGAUAAGACGUCGUUCCCAUAUAUUGUGGAACAGAAUGUUACCAUCAAAUUGAAGACGUUUGAUGGUCUGGUACGCUGCAAUAUUUAUAGGCCCAAGACGGAAGAAAAGGUUCCGGUUCUUGUCACAUAUGGCCCAUAUGGCAAGGACAUUCACUAUUCAGAAUUUUACAUGAAAUCCUAUGAUGAACUCAAUCCCAAGCAUAAGUCGGCGCAUUCAUCCUUCGAAACCCCCGAUCCCGGAUUCUGGACCGCCCAUAAUUAUGCGGUACUCCGGGCGGACGAAGUUGGAAUCGGGCAAUCUCCGGGGAUUCUGGACACCAUGUCCAAAUCAACAACAGACGCAUUCGCGGACGUGAUCGAAUGGGCCGCGGAACAGUCGUGGAGCAACGGCAAGGUGGGACUAUUGGGAAUCAGCUAUUUCGCUGGAAGUCAGUGGCGAGUGGCGGCUCGUCGACCGAAAGGUCUCGCUGCCAUAGUGCCCGUUGACGGCAUGGCCGACUACUAUCGUGACCGCUGCCGACACGGGGGCAUUCUGACUGGCUUUCUCAAAUGGUGGUUCGACCGUCAAGUGCUCAGCAAUCAGUACGGUCUGGCCGGAAAAGCGAAUCGAAAUUGGGGCCCGGACACCAUCGAAGGCGACCUGUCUGAGGAAGAAUUAGCACAGAACCGUCAUGAUCAAACGGUCGAGACAGCCCAGCACUUUUUUCGUGACGAUCCUUACUACGUCUCCCGCGACUAUAACCUACAAGACAUCGUCACGCCACUCCUGUCUUUUGGGAACUGGGGUAGCAUCAUGAUCCACUUGCACGGGAACUACGAAGGCUUUCGCCUUGCGAGCUCGGAGAAAAAAUUCCUUCGAAUGGUGGUAGGUCGACAUGAUCUUCCCUUUUAUGACGACGAACAUGUCGAAGUGAUCAAGUCCUUCCUGGACGCGUUCUUGAAGGACCAAGACCGCGAUGGCUGGACCGACGGGACCCGGCCACCGGUAGACCUGAUCCUUCGCAAGGGAAACGUCGGAUUCAACAACCCUAUAGCCGAGAAAGCUUUCAAGCGCCGAUUCGAACAAGAGUGGCCCUUGGCCCGGACACAAUAUACCAAAUACUACUUGACUCCCGACAGGCAGCUAACCAGGGAACCACCAUCAGUCCACUAUGACCGACUUUCGUACCCUGCUCUCGGCAACAUCAACAAUCCUCAAUAUAUCCAGUUCAGCUCCGCGCCACUAUCCGACGAACAGGAGCUCACAGGGUAUAUCGUGGCGCAUUUGAAUGUGUCGGUCACACCCCUGCCAGGCGGGACCGUACCCACUGAUAUCGACCUGUUCUUGACACUCCGUCACUUUGCCGCCGAUGGCACCGAGGUCUACUAUACCGGAAUCACGGGGGAACCAGUGCCGCUAUGCAAGGGCUGGCAGAGAGUCAGUCUGCGGACGGUCAACAAGGACCAUCCUCUACAUCGUGAUUGGCUACCGUAUCGCGACUACUUCUCCUGUGAUGUUCUUCCCGUGGUUGUCGGCGAAAUCUACCCGGUCGACGUCGAGGUGUGGGCGACGAACGUCAUUGCAGAGAAGGGCGAUCGCUUUGUGUUUGAGGUCGCCAGUGGUGACACCCAAGGAAGUGGAAACUUUGGCCACGAUACAUCGGAGAGAUCACCUGAGAAACUGGCAGGAAUGAACCAUGUCCAUUUCAGUCCGCAAAACGUCAAUUGGAUUAGCCUGCCUGUUAUACCGGCAAUAUCAUAA